GCCGUCCUCGCUGUCAGAGUCCAGAGUCCAGACCGGAUUCAGUACCAGGUCGUCCUCCGCAGAACCGGUCCUGUUUCUGUCCCGUAAUGCACAGGCUACGGAUCAUUUCGGGCCACCUGUGUCCCCCUGGGUCCUCCACGGACCAGAACCCAGACCCGCGCCUGUCGGACUGCGGCUCGGCUGCGCGCGGAGACCCGGAAGAUGUGGUGGUGGUUCACGGUCUGAGGACGGCUGUCGGAAAGGCCAAGAGGGGUUCGUUUAAGGACACCACACCUGAUGAGCUGCUGAGCGCUGUGAUGACAGCGGUUCUCAAAGAUGUCGGACUAACACCGGACAAACUGGGAGACGUGUGUGUAGGGAACGUUCUGCAGCCGGGAGCCGGAGCGCUCAUGGCCCGAGUCGCCCACUUCCUCAGUGGGUUUCCAGAGUCCGUCCCCGUCUAUACUGUCAACCGUCAGUGUUCGUCUGGUCUUCAGGCUCUGCUCAACAUUGCAGGUGCCGUCCGGAGUGGAUCUAUCAACCUUGGCCUCGCCUGUGGUGUUGAGAGCAUGUCUCUGCGAUCCAUCGGGAACCCUGGAGACCUGAGCUCCAGACUGACGGACAACGACAAGGCCAGAGACUGCAUCAUCCCCAUGGGAAUCACAUCAGAAAAUGUCGCAGAGAGAUUUGGGAUCUCCAGAGAGAAACAGGAUGCCUUCGCCGUCAGCUCCCAACAAAAAGCCGCCCGGGCCCAGGACCUGGGUCUGUUCCACCAAGAGAUCGUUCCCGUCACCACAAAGAUCACAGAGGAUGACGGGAACGAGCGAGUGGUGACUGUCUCAAAGGAUGAUGGGAUCAGAGCAGGAACGACGCUGGAAGGACUGAGCAGACUGAGGCCCGCCUUUAAACCGGAUGGGAGCACCACCGCAGGUAACUCCAGCCAGGUGAGUGACGGUGCAGCAGCUGUGCUGAUUGGUCGGCGGUCUGCAGUGGAUGCCCUGGGUCUGCCGGUCCUGGGGGUUCUGAGGGCCAGUGCGGUGGUGGGGGUCCCUCCAGACGUCAUGGGCAUCGGCCCGGCUGUCGCUAUCCCAGCCGCUCUGGACCAGGCAGGACUGACUGUUGAUGAUGUUGAUGUGUUUGAGAUCAACGAGGCGUUUGCCAGUCAGGCCGUGUACUGCGUGGAGAAGCUGGGGAUCCCGAUGGAGAAGGUGAACCCGAACGGCGGCGCCAUCGCCCUAGGUCACCCUCUGGGCUGCACCGGCGCCCGGCAGGUGGUGACGCUGCUCAACGAGCUGCGACGCCGUGGACGCAGGGCGUACGGUGUCGUGUCCAUGUGCAUCGGGACUGGAAUGGGCGCUGCUGCUGUGUUUGAGUACCCGGGACCAUGAGAGGAACCCGGACCGGAGGGCUGACGCACAACGGAAAACAGAAAGUAACAGGACAAACAAAACCUAAAAUCUAAACUCAACCUUUUACAGAUAAAAAACCUAUGCUGUCACUGAAUCUGAUUUAUAUCUUAAUCCAUUUCAUCCCAGUUUUCCUGGAAAAUAAGUCGAUGAACCAUGAGGUUUCACUCCACUGAGUAGAUGAGUGUUCUGGUUCUGAUCAGGUUGUUGGUAGCAGAAGCUCAAUUCAAUGUAGUCUAAGGAUGUGAAAUCUUCUGUAAUGUGAGAGGAAGCAGAUGCUAAGGUGUUGAUGUAGUGGAUACUGUGAUACGGGUUACCAUAGAAACAUGAUGUGUUCAGAUUCCUGUAGGUCUGUAAAUUCCAGAUUCUUGCAGACUGUGGGUUCUGGUGUUCAUUAUAGACGGUGACCUUCAGACUAUGUUCUGACUGGACCAUUCGUCAGUGAAAUCAGAUUUAUUUCCAUCUAAUUAUUAGAUGUCUAGAAAAGUGAACUAUAGUUUUAUUCAUCUUUUGGUGUUUUCUUAAGCGUCUCAUCUUUAUUCUGAUGCUGAACUGU